AUGCUCGGCCGCCGCACCUUCGCUACGCCCGCUGAUGCGCCUCUCACGAAGAAGGUCGAGAUGACCAACUGGGAGAAGGGCCACUACCUCAACUAUGCGAAGAUGAAUGAGAACCUCAACAUUGUCCGGCAACGGCUGGACCGGCCACUCACCUACGCAGAAAAGAUUCUCUACAGCCACUUGGACGACCCUCAUGGCCAGGAAAUCGAGCGCGGCAAGAGUUAUCUGAAGCUGCGGCCAGACAGAGUAGCCUGCCAGGAUGCCACCGCCCAGAUGGCUAUCCUCCAGUUCAUGAGCGCCGGCAUGCCAAGCGUAGCUACACCAACGACGGUGCACUGCGAUCACUUGAUCGAGGCUCAGAUCGGCGGAGAGCAGGACUUGGAGCGAGCGCAGCAGAUCAACAAGGAGGUCUACGACUUCCUCAGCACAUCCUGCGCCAAGUACAACAUUGGCUUCUGGAAGCCUGGUUCUGGUAUCAUUCACCAGAUCGUUCUCGAGAACUACGCCUUCCCUGGUGGUCUCAUGAUCGGUACUGACUCGCACACACCGAACGCUGGCGGUCUCGGUAUGGCUGCCAUUGGUGUCGGUGGUGCUGAUGCGGUCGAUGUCAUGGCCAACCUGCCGUGGGAGCUGAAGGCGCCGAAGGUUAUUGGCGUCAAGCUCACCGGCGAGUUGAGCGGCUGGACGGCACCGAAGGACAUUAUCCUCAAGGUCGCUGGUAUUCUUACCGUCAAGGGUGGUACCGGCGCCAUCAUCGAGUACCACGGUCCCGGUGUCAACAGCCUGAGCUGCACUGGUAUGGGGACUAUUUGUAACAUGGGAGCUGAAAUCGGUGCCACAACAUCGCUCUUCCCAUUCAACGACCGCAUGUACGAUUACCUAGCGGCCACGAAGCGCAAGGAGAUUGGAGACUUCGCCCGCUCGUACGCCGCAGAGCUUCGUGAGGACGAGGGCGCGGAGUACGAUGAGCUGAUCGAACUCAACCUUUCCGAGCUUGAGCCGCAUAUCAACGGACCUUUCACGCCCGAUCUUGCCACGCCCAUCAGCAAGUUCAAGGACGCAGUCUCCUCGAACAAGUGGCCGGAAGAGCUGAGGGUUGGCUUGAUUGGCUCUUGCACAAACUCGUCGUACGAAGAUAUGAGCCGUGCCGCUUCCAUUGCUCAGGAUGCGCUUGACCAUGGCAUCAAGGCGAAGGCCAUGUUUACCGUAACACCUGGCUCUGAGCAGAUUAGGGCAACCAUUGAACGGGAUGGCCAGCUCAAGACUCUUGAGGACUUCGGCGGCAUGGUUCUGGCAAACGCUUGUGGCCCGUGCAUCGGUCAAUGGGAUCGCCGGGACGUGAAGAAGGGCGAGCCGAACUCGAUCAUUUCGUCAUACAACCGUAACUUCACUGGCCGUAACGACGCCAACCCAGCCACCCACGCUUUCGUCACCUCUCCAGAUCUCGUGGUGGCCAUGACACUCGCCGGCACCCUGAAUUUCAACCCGCUAACCGACUCUCUCAAGGACAAGGAUGGCAAGGAGUUCAAGCUAAAAGCGCCAACCGGUAAUGGCCUUCCUGCGGACGGCUACGACCCAGGCCGUGACACUUACCAGGCGCCUCCGGAGGACCGUGCGUCGGUCUCGGUAGCCGUAUCGCCACAGUCCGACCGUCUGCAGAUUCUGGAGCCUUUCAACGCGUGGGAUGGCAAGGACGCUCUUGACAUGCCUAUUCUGAUCAAGGCCAAGGGCAAGACCACGACCGACCACAUCUCCAUGGCCGGCCCGUGGCUCAAGUACCGUGGUCACCUUGACAACAUCUCUAACAACAUGCUCAUCGGCGCUAUCAACAGCGCCAACGGCGAGGCAAACAAGGUCAAGAACUUCACCACCGGCGAGACCGACGCCGUACCAAACACCGCUCGUGACUACAAGCGGAAGGGUAUCAAGUGGGUCGUCAUCGGCGACUGGAACUACGGCGAGGGCUCGUCCCGUGAACACGCCGCACUUGAGCCCCGCCAUCUCGGUGGCCUCGCCAUCAUCGUUCGCUCCUUCGCCCGUAUCCACGAGACCAACUUGAAGAAGCAGGGCAUGCUCCCCUUGACCUUCUCCAACCCGGAAGACUACGACAAGAUCCAGCCCGACGACAAGGUCGACCUCAUGUGCACGCAGCUUGCAGUUGGCAAGCCGAUGACCCUGCGGGUGCACCCGGCGAAGGGCGGCGAGCCCUUCGAUGUGCAGCUCUCGCAUACGUUCAACGAGGGCCAGAUUGAGUGGUUCAAGAAUGGCUCCGCAUUGAACACGAUGGCGAAGGCGCAUAAGUAA